AUGCAACGGAUUGACCACAUGAAUGUGAAAAAUGCAGAGACAGGGAAAGAAUCUGUCACUCCAGUCAUGUUUUCUUGGGGAGACAACAGUGCAGCAAACUCAAUCUCCUUGGUAGUAGUGGCAGAGUCUGAGACUGGCCAGCAGUGCCAGAAGGAAAUUAGAAACAAAACCGGCAUCUCUGACUUCUUGCUCCUGGGCUUCUCUGAACACCCAGAGCAUCAGCUUCUCCUGUUUGAGCUCUUCCUGGGCAUGUACCUGGUCACCGUGUUGGGGAACCUGCUCAUCAUCCUGGCCAUUGGUGCUGACCCUCAUCUCCAUACCCCCAUGUACUUCUUCCUGGCCAAUUUGUCCUUUAUUGAUACCUGUUUCACCUGCACCAUAGUCCCCAAGGUGCUGGUGAACAUCCAGACACAGCAUCGCACCAUCUCCUACACCAGGUGCCUCAUGCAGAUGUACUUCUUCAUGGCAUUGGCUCUGCUGAAUGACUUCCUGCUGGCCGUGAUGGUGUAUGAUCGCUACAUGGCCAUCUGCCUUCCUCUACACUAUACCACAAUCAUGCAUCCCCAGCGCUGUCUCCUGCUGGUGGCUGUAUCCUGGCUCUGCUCCUACCUACUGGCUUUCUCACUUACUUUUCUCAUAGCUCAGCUUUCUUUCUGUGCCUCUCAUUCUAUCCCAUGCUUUUUCUGUGAUCUUCUCCCAAUCCUCAAGUUUGCCUGUUCAGACACCAAUGUCUUUCACGUCAUGAUGUUCAUGAAAGCCACUCUCUUGGGGGUCAUCCCUCUCACCUGUGUCCUGGUCUCUUAUGCCCACAUUAUGCACACCAUCCUCAGGAUCCCCUCUGCUGACGGGAAGCACAAAAUCUUCUCUACCUGUGGCUCUCACCUGACAGUGGUCACUCUCUUCUAUGGAACCAUCUUUCUGGUGUAUUUCCAGUCCUCAUCCUCCUACUCAGCAUCUGUGGUAUACACAAUGGUCACCCCCAUGCUGAACCCUUUUGUCUAUAGCUUGAGGAACAGGGACAUGAAGUGGGCUUUGCAGAAACUCCUUGGCUUGGGAAAAUGCUGUACUCAGUAA